UAAAAGCCUUUCCCACUCUCUCUUAGCUUCCUUCAUUUCUUCAUUCAUUCCUAGUAGCAAGUAGCAACCAAGCCAAGCAGCAAUAAUGGCGGCUCUCUCCGGCACCAUGGUCAGCACCUCCUUCAUCCGUGGGCAGCCCAUGAGCAGCCUCAGGUCUGCCCCCAACGUGGGUCAGGCCCUUUUCGGGUUGAAGGCCAACCGUGGCGGCCGUGUUGCCAUGGCUGCAUUCAAGGUCACCCUCAAGACCCCUGAAGGCGUAUCCGAGUUCGAGUGCCCUGAUGAUGUCUACAUUCUCGACGCCGCCGAGGAGGCCGGUCUUGACCUCCCGUACUCUUGCCGCGCCGGUUCUUGCUCUUCCUGCGCCGGAAAGGUUGUUGCUGGCAGCGUCGAUCAGUCUGACCAGAGUUUCCUUGAUGAUGACCAGAUAGACGGUGGAUUUGUCCUCACCUGUGUCGCCUAUCCUUCCUCUGAUGUCACACUCGAAACCCACAAGGAAGAGGAGCUCACUGGUUAAUCACUUCACCAUCAUCAACUCGAUCCAUCGAAUCACAGUGCUAAUUCAUUUCAGUCUUUUUCCAUUACUAUGUUUUGAUGUGGCUUAGAGUUGCUUAAUGUUUUUCCACUCUCAUUUUCUAGUAUGAUAAAUUAUUGUACCCUUGUAUGAAUUUGCUGUCUCUUGUAAUCUCUCUAUAUCUUUCACUCUCUCA